GAGUAUUUUAUUGAUCAGCUGAGGUCAGAUGGAGUUGUUCAUCUUCCUCGGCGUGUUACCAAUGAAAUUACAAAUAAUACUCGAUACGAAUUUUACACACAAGGAGGAGUCAUCUUUGCAACAAGUCGAAUCCUUGUGGUAGAUUUCCUUACUGACAGAAUUCCUGCAAACCUCAUUACCGGCAUUUUAGUAUACAAAGCGCACAGAAUCAUUGAGUCCUGUCAGGAAGCGUUUAUUUUACGACUUUAUCGCCAGAAGAACAAGCAAGGCUUCAUUAAAGCUUUUACAGAUAAUGUGGUUGCAUUUAACACUGGCUUUUGCCAUGUGGAAAGAGGGAUGAGAAAUCUUUUUGUCAGGAAACUUUACCUGUGGCCAAGAUUUCAUAUAGCAGUGAACUCAUUUUUAGAGAAGCAUAAACCUGAAGUGGUGGAAAUACAUGUGUCGAUGACCCCUGCUAUGCUUGCUAUCCAGACUUCAAUCCUGGACAUUUUGAACGCAUGUCUGAGAGAACUCAAACGUUAUAAUCCAGCUCUUGAAGUAGAAGAUCUAUCUUUAGAAAAUGCUAUUGGUAAACCUUUUGACAAGACAAUACGCCACUAUUUAGAUCCUCUCUGGCAUCAGCUUGGAGCUAAGACAAAAUCUCUGGUCCAGGAUUUGAAGAUACUACGUACUUUGCUACUGUAUCUAACUCAGUAUGACUGUGUCACUUUCCUUAAUCUUCUGGAGUCACUGAAAGCAAGUGAAAAAGCUUUUGGUGAGAAUUCAGGUUGGCUGUUUCUUGACUCCAGUACUUCAAUGUUUGUAAACGCUCGAGCUAGAGUUUAUCGCAUUGCAGAUGAGAAACUGAAUCAGAAAGGCAAAGUCUUUGAAAAAAGUGAUGUAAAGAACGAAAAUGAACUGAAGAGGGAAUUGGUUCUAGAAAGUAACCCAAAAUGGGAAGCUUUGAGAGAAGUACUGAAAGAGAUUGAAAAUGAGAAUAAGAACAGUGAAGACCUUGGUGGUCCAGGGCAAGUGCUUAUUUGUGCCAGUGAUGACCGAGCUUGUGCACAGCUCAGGGAGUAUAUUAUUGCUGGAGCAGAAGCUUUUUUAACAAGACUGUAUAACAAAACCUUCGGAAAGGAUGAGAAAGCUGGAGAAGUGUGGAUUAAGGACAGGAAAGCCAUCAAGUCCAAAGGAAAUGCCAGACCAGACACAGGGCCUCAAGCCAAAAAAGCCAAACUCACGGCUUCUUCAAAACAAAAUAAACACAAGAAGCAGCAAGACCGGACUAUAAUCCAAAUGAUGGGGAAGACUGAGGAGGAAAAGAGAGAGGAGUCAGAAGUGGAAGAUAAGACAGAAUUAAGUAGUGGCCAAGAAAGCAGUAUUGAAGAGACCAUUCCUGAAGAUUUCCAUGUGAACUUACCCUCAGACUGUUACUACGGUAUUUUUAAGAACCCGCUCACAAUUAUUCAUCCGUUGCAGGGUUGCAGUGAUCCCUAUGCGCUCACUCGGGUACUGCAUGAAGUAGAACCAAGAUACGUUGUAUUAUAUGAUGCCGAACUAACUUUUGUUCGGCAGCUGGAAAUCUAUAAGGCAAGCAGGCCUGGGAAGCCUUUAAGGGUUUAUUUCCUCAUAUAUGGAGGCUCAACAGAAGAACAGCGCUAUCUCACAGCUCUGAGAAAAGAGAAGGAGGCCUUUGAAAAACUCAUUCG